CCCUCCCUCCCUGCAGCCGCCGCCCGCCCGCGCGAGAAAGGUCAGGCCCGAUUAGCCUGCGACGGCGCUGUGCUGCUGCGUCGAGGCGACGGGUCAAGUCUCGCCGUCGAACCCCGUCCCCCGUGCCCGCGACCGCACCCUUGCCGCCGCCCCUUCUUCCUCUGCUCCGGCCUCCGGCGUUCCCCUUCCCCCUCGGCGCCAAGGAAGAGAGGGUUCACAGUCGCCCGCUCGCUCCUCGCCUGUACCCAUCGCGCGUGCAGCCGGUGAGGGGCUCGUGGGCGGGCGCUACGUGGGAGGAGAACUUGGGAUCCGCCAGCAUCCAGCAACGGAGGAGGACGGGAGAAAUCCUCUUGCUCUCCCAGUUCGGUUGUUCCCCGCGAUUGCCGGCUACCGGCGCCUUCAGCUGUCCGCGAGUUGAGUGCCCGCCACCUGUUCGACGGAAUGCUCGAGAUGGCUACUGCGAGUGACAGUGACCCUUUUGGAGACCUCCCCGACGAGCUCCUAUCGCGCGUGCUCUCCUUCCUUCCGGCAGAGAAUGCCGUGCAGACCUGUGUGCUCGACACCCGGUGGCGCGACCUCUGGAGGCGCUUGACCAGCUUGCUGUUCGUCUUUGAUGGGCCAACGUUUCCGCGAUACAACCGUUUCAAACAGUUGGUGAAGCUGCUCAUCUGUCUCCGCGGGAACUCGCCUCUCGUCAGGUGCGAGAUCGACGCCUACCCUGAUGAUGGGCCGGAGAACACGUUCACAAACACCAGCCUGUUGAUUGAUUACGCUCUGGCGUGCGAAGCUGAGGAACUCAUAGUAAGAGCAGCUGACAUUCAGUAUGACCUACCAGUGUUCGAUGUGCCUCUGAGUCUCAUCUCCCAACACUUGAAGACCCUGCACCUUGAAGGGGUCAACCUCGAUCACUCUGCUUUGAACUUCUCACGCUGCCUGGUGUUAGAGGACCUAAGGAUUCAACUUUGCAACAUUCGUGCAUGUGAGAUAUCAUCCAUGUCACUAAAGCGCAUGUGCAUCACCGACUACUGUUCUCUACCUGACAUUGUGCGCCUUCGGAUUUGUGCCCCGAGUCUUAUCUCACUGCAGUUAGAGGAUUUUGAAGGCCUGACACCUUUCCUUGAAAACAUGCCAUUGCUAGAAACAGCCCAUGUUAACCUUGAAGAUGGAUGCCAUGAUCACUGUCGCAGUAAUCAGGGGGUUUGUGAUAAUAUUGUCUGUGGUUGUCAUGCUUAUCCUGUCAAGGAGGGGGUGCUUCUCAAUGGUUUGUCCAAUGCUGCCAAGUUGGACUUGAUAGCUUUACCUAAAAUGUUUCUGUACAGAUGGGAUUUGAAAUGGUGCCCUGUCUUUGGCAAAUUAAAGACUCUGUUACUCAAUGAGUGGUUUACGACUGUUGACCUUGUUUGCAUUCUCGGACACUCUCCAGUUCUGGAGAUACUCACUCUUCAGCUUGAUAACACCGAGAAAAUUGUAGGAGCAACAGGAGCCCAAGAAACAAAAACGCAAUCAUUUGUGUGUGCAUGCCUUAAGUCCGUUCACGUUGAAUGUGAAGAGGUUGAUGAGGGAGUUCUUGCAAUUCUGAAUAUCUUAAGUACAUGUGGGAUACUUCGUGAGCAGAUUAUCAUCAAGGAGGAUCCACAUACGGACUCAGAUUGUGAUGGACAGUGUUGUGUCACAUUGCCAACUCUGUCAAAGGGCAUGUUUGAUUCUUUGUGCAAAGGAGGGACUGUGCCGGGAGAUCUUGGACACAACACUCUUGAUGCGAUUCAGAAUGGCUCCGAACUUGUUCCUCCACAUUGCCAACUCCGUCAAAGGGCAUGAUCGAUUCAUCGUGCAGAGGAGGAAUUGUGAUAGAGAUCUUGGACACAACGGUCGAAAAGGUGACUACGACAUUGCACAUGAUGGCAUAUGGUAUUCCUGCAUAUGGCCUAGGAAAGGCAUCAGGAAGGACUCAGGGGUCGGGAGGGGAGCCGGGGAUGCACCCAACUUUGGCGGCAUCGCGCUGCCUGAGUAACGAGAGCUUGUCAUGGAGUGGCGGCUCAAUGGUGGUCACGUGGGGGUCGCCCGGCUGCUAAUCGAUGGUGGCGCGGCGGCGAGCAUAUCAGCCAGCGGUGGGGCAGGGGAACUGUCGAAAUCGACGACUUCGGCCGGCAGCGGCCUGAGCUUCUGCGACGGCCAUGGGGGUCUCCACCAGCAGGAACGAGCGGAAGGGCUCGGGGUGGUCGAGGAGUGGCAGUGGCGGUGAGAAUCGGCCGGUGCUGAGGAGGGAUGGGGAGCGGCAGGGGCGGUGAAAUUUCAGGUCGGGGCGGUUGGGGUUCCCGCCGCAGCGUUUUGCGUUUUUGGUCUGCCGCUAGUGGAUUGGUAUAUUUACCAAUUCGAUAGCAAUUUUAGGCUAUAUCCUAAAUUGGUUUGGUCGCCAUACAUGUUUUAGCCUAAAAUUCUGUUUUUUUUUUGGUUUCGGCUGCAUUUUUUGGUCUGCUGUUGGAGAUGCUCUUAGAAUGUAUGACACCUCCUCCAAAUCUAUCCAUAUUUUUGAUCCACUAUCCUUUAGUAUGUUUAAUUGGAUUUGCAUGCUGAUGGAGUUUAGAAUGGCUGAUAUGUUUCAACAUAGUUUAUUAUUCUAUAAUUGUUGGUGACACUACAAUAGUUAGCACGCAUUUUUUAUGUGCUUAUAGAUCUUUACCAUCCAUGCAAAAUAAUUUUCUUAUUCUCUUCUCUUCUUUUCAGUUCAAGAAAUUAUCUUAUCCUUUUAUUGUUUAAUUACUAAUGACAUAGAGCUGUUCUCAUCUUGAAAUUCAGUUUAGGUCUUCACUCGUGUUCGAUUUGGUAGAAUACAUACACUAAGAAUGAUAGUGGGUAGAAUGUACAAUAUAUGCUCUGCAUUCAUCUAGGCUCCAGCAAGGAUUGCCUUUGCCUCGCUGUAUUUACUGUUGUUCAAGCAUGUUGUCAGUUUGAUUAACAGAGACUGAAAGCCAAAUUGCAUGUGUUCCACACUUGUUUAAGCCUUAAGCAGUCCCGGGGCUUCUCUGAACGGUCAUAUUCGUGUUGGUGUUUUGCCCUUGCAAGGCUAAACUCUUUUGUUAACAACUACAGAAAUUUUGUCAGGCUGCAGCAUAGUUCCUCUACAUCAAACUGCUACCCAGGAUAUUUGAAAUUCCCUUCUAUGUUGGUGACUUGU